GUCGCACCUACCUUUACCUACGGAAACCACAAGUAGCCGCUGACCCAAACCAAUUUUGGCUGCAAAACUGCCAGCCCCUUUACGGUUUCGUUAAUAGCCACACAAGUUGCUGGCGUUUGGCCUAUUGACUUGGCGUCGGCCUAGCAUACACACGCUUGACAAACCAAACGCACCCAAUGACGUCGCGCCUCCCUUCGCUGAGGCCGGCGCUGUGUCCCACAUCUAGGCUACCACACGUAGUAUCUGCACAAGCAGCGCCAUGCGUUCACUCACCGGCCCGACGAUGCAUGCCACUCUGGCAUCCCAUUACUCCAGCACGCGCGAGCCUCCGCAGUCGCAAGCCAGCUGUGUCGAUCUCAGCGGUGGCGGUGACGGCAGGCGUGGCGUUCGGGCAGCCUGCUGACCGGUCCGCGCCAUCGCUAGGUCAGAGGCUGCAAGCAGUCCUUAGCGACAAGCACGACAAGGAGAUUUGGGCGGUGGCGCUUCCCGCGCUGGUGGCGAUGCUUUUGGAGCCAGUGAUGAACGCGCUGAAUGCGGGUGAGCGGCCGCAUGCGAUUUGCAGAGGGGCGGGGGGGCAGGGGUUUUAAAGAAGGGGUGUUGCAGCUGGCCUAGGGUUUGUGCUCGGGCAGGGCUACAGGUGUUGGAAUGGGCACAUGCGGGGCGGGGGCGCACCCGGAAAUGCUAAUGAGAUACUUUGCCAGGCCUCCUGCUAGAAAGAGCUGUGGUCGAUGUGGUAAUGCUGCGGGGACUCCAGAGAAGUGCCAGGGGAGGGAGGGGUCGCGUAGAGCCGAGGGGUGUGGAGGCGGAGGUGGAGGAGUGCGCUGACGUCGGGCACGUGCAGUCGGGGACCUGCGCCUCGAGGCAAAGGCUCCAGUCUCGCGCAUGGGGUCUUCGCAUUGAGAACAACUGGCUUGGAAAUGCUUUCUUACGGAUGGCUGGCGUGCGGGCAAGGGAGCCGGGAAGCCGCGGACACGGCACGCCGCGUGUCGGAACCGGAGCUCUUCACAUCUAGUCG